UUAUCUGAGCCGAUCAGUAUUUCUGAUGAUAUCCUCCUUGGGAACCGACGGGGUCAGAGGUCACCGCUGCAUGCUCGCUGAUUGGUCAAUUCGUGUCGGCCAUCUUGGAUUGUAGCGGGGAAGACAGAUUGAUGCGGUGACACGCGGGAUGUUUGGUGCUAACCGGAAGAAGUUUAUGGAGGGAGGGAUAGAGAGCGACUACACGGACGAGUCGAGCCUCUACUACAGCCCGCAGUCCAUGUUCCCUCCCCACAGAGCCGACAAAGACAUGUUGUCGUCUUCCUCUGCCUCCUCAUCGGGUCAGCUGUCUCAGCUGGGAGCCAGUCUGUACGGGCCUCAGAGCGCUCUGGGCUUUCCCAUGCGGGGCAUGAACAGCAGCUCCACACCUCAGCUCAGCCGGAGCGGCCUGAACCAGUCAGCCGGUCAGCUCUCCAGCACUCCCAGCUCUGGCUCUUUGCACACACCGCCGUCGCCGAGCAGAGGCAUCCUGCCCAUGAGCAGCCGCAGCGUCCUGAACCACAACCAGCAGGUGGGGGGGCCGACGGGGCAAACCAGCGGGAUGGGAGGAGAGAGGGGGGGCGGCGGAGGGAGGAGCGGCAGCAUGGGCAGCCCCAGCCGCUCGUCUCCCAGCAUCAUCGGGAUGCCCAAACAGCAGCAGGCGCGGCAGCCGUUCACCAUCAACAGUAUGUCAGGAUUUGGCGUGAACAGGAACCCGGGCUUCAACAUGAACAACUCCUUAUCCAACAACAUCUUUAACGGCACAGACGGCAGCGAGAAUGUGACGGGCUUGGACCUGUCGGACUUCCCCGCGCUGGCCGACCGAAACCGGAGGGACGGAGGUUCAAAUCCCACCCCAUUGCUCAACCCGCUGGCCGGUCGGGCGCCUUACGUCGGCAUGGUAACCAAGCCAUCCAGUGAGCAGUCGCAGGACUUCUCCAUCCACAACGAAGACUUCCCCGCUCUCCCCGGGCCGAACUACCAAACUAAAGACCCCACCAGCAGCAGUGAAGACAACAAAACGCAGAACUUGAACUCAUCAGGAAAAUCCACCUCCAGCUCAGAUGGUCCAAAGUUUCCGGGUGAUAAGAGUUCCACUCCGAGCAACAACAACCAGCAGAAGAAAGGGAUUCAGGUUCUUCCUGACGGGCGAGUGACCAACAUCCCCGUCGGCAUGGUAACAGACCAGUUUGGAAUGAUCGGUUUGCUGACGUUCAUCCGGGCAGCAGAGACGGAUCCAGGGAUGGUUCAUCUGGCGCUGGGCUCCGACUUAACCACGCUGGGCCUGAACCUCAACUCACCAGAGAAUCUCUAUCCUAAGUUUUCGUCUCCGUGGGCGUCGGCUCCCUGUCGACCGCAGGAUAUCGACUUCCACGUUCCCUCAGAGUAUUUAACCAACAUCCACAUACGGGAUAAGCUAGCAGCCAUUAAGUUGUCUCGGUAUGGAGAAGAUCUGCUGUUUUACCUUUACUACAUGAACGGAGGAGACCUGCUACAACUGCUGGCAGCAGUAGAACUGUUCAACCGGGACUGGCGGUACCACAAAGAGGAGCGGGUCUGGAUCACCCGCGCUCCCGGCAUGGAGCCCACGCUGAAGACCAACGCCUACGAGCGAGGAACCUACUACUUCUUUGAUUGUCUCAACUGGAGGAAGGUGGCCAAGGAGUUCCACCUGGAGUACGACAAACUAGAAGAGCGGCCUCACGUUCCCUCCACCUUCAACUACAAUCCUGCCCAGCAGGCCUUCUGAUUGGCUCUCGCCUGCCUCUCUGCCAUUGGUCCUCCCGGCACAUCAGCCACGCCCCCUUUAGGUUUAGUCAGAUAAAUCAGGACAGAAGAGGACGUCCACAUUUCUGAGAGACUCGUUUUAACCUUUUCUAAUUUAUCUUUACCUCAUUUUUUUAAACAUUUUAUUCCCUUUUUUUAUUUUUGUUAGCCGUCACGCCGACCUGUAAAUAACUGUCCAUCUGAUGAAGGGACUCUUGUUUCUAUGAGAAUUGACUAUUUUUGUCUAAAGAUGCUUUUAAAAGAAGCAGGUUUUAACGGAGAAAGCAGGACGGAAGCAUUCGAUGGAUAAUUAUUUCAGAACUCCCAAACCCGUUUUCAUUUCCCAGAACACACUGCAUCCAACAGAACGUCAGGACAGGAAAUGCAAUGUACAUUGUAGCACUAUUUCAUAAUAAAAGAGGAAGAAAAAUCCC